UAUCGGCCAUUUUCAAGUACAUUAUUUUACUGUUCUGUGGCCAUUUUGUUUGCCGGCGUGUGGCGUGUCUCUUUUUCUUCCUGUGCUUUCAAAUUGAUAUGGUUUCAAUUUAAAUUUUUGUAUUUUCUUGCUUGUAAGCCAGCGAUCAAUAUUCGAAGAUGUCAUCCCGUGGCCGUGGGUACGGUGGUUACGGUGGUCGUGGAGGGUACAACAGUAGAGGUAGUGGAUACAGGGGCUCCUAUCGCGGCAGCAAUAGAGGAUCUUAUGAGGGUCGAGGUGGACGUGGAGGAGGUUAUUCUUACUCCAGUGAAUCACGUUACAACAGCAGUGGUAGCAGAUACAACACAAGCAGAGACAGGAUAGACGAACCUUAUAAAAAGUCUUAUAGAACCGAAAGUUCUGCAAGCUAUUCUAAUCGUGACUAUGGUGGCCGAUCCGGAUCACCUGAACGGAAGAGAAUGAGAGUCGAGGGCUCCUCGAGCGAUAGACGUAGCCAUGACGGCGGCGGUCAUUACGGGGGCUCAUACGGCGGUAGACAAGAUAGUUACGGCGGCGAAAGGAGGUCGUUCGGAGGCGAAGACAGAAGACGAUCCCCCGCUCGAGAGAGCUACCGCAAGCCGAGCGGCAUGGGCCCGCCGCGGUCGCCGGCGCGGCCGCGAGCGCCGCGCCGCGCCUUCCGCGGCCGCACGCUGCGCUCGCGCGCCGCCUUCCGAGGAGCCCCGCGCUCGCGCGGCACCUUUGUCUCGAGGCGAUUUGGAGAAAGAUCGCUCGGUUACACCCGCGCUUUCAGAACGCUUAAGCGAAGCAGCUCUGUCAAAUCUAAAGAAGAUGCGUCUUCUACUGAAGAAGAUUGGGAUGCAGAUGAGAAGGAAGAAAUUGCUGAGGAGAAGAAAGAAUCCAAAAGCAAAUCACCAAAGCCAGAUGUAGAUGGAUCAGAGGGAGAGCCAGAGGAGGCAGGCGACGAGACUGACAAGGAAGCCGACACUGCCUCGGAAGCCGCCGCCCCGCCAAGGGCGCGCCCCUACGUUCAUCUUUCUUGUGUGCAUUGCAAGGAAAAAUGUGUCACAUUUGCGCACUACGCGAAGCACCUGAUGUCGGGCAAGCACCGCGCGGCGAUGAGCGCGGUGGCGCGGCGACACAAGGCGCAGCUGCUGCGCAUGCGCGUGGCGCAGCGCGGCGCGCAGCGCGAGCUCGAGGCCAGCGCCGGCGCAGACCUCGCGCCGCGCACCACUUUCUGCAUGGUGUGUCGUCUGAACCACCGCACGACGCGUCAGGCGCACAACCUGACGGACACCCAUCGCGCCAUGAAGCGUUUCCUCCUGCCUUUCUGCCGCAUUUGCCGCCUCACAUUCCGCUCGCCGAUGAUCUAUGAGCAUCAUAUUUGCUCCCUGGAGCAUCUUAAGAGGAAGGCCGCACAGGCGAAUGCCAGACGUGUCAGCCCGAAAGCGGAUGGGAGCGGUGAUGAGGGAAUGGAUGUUGAUUUGGACAACUUUAUGACUUUGGAUUCUGUGGGUGACGUUGAUGAAGUUGAAGAUGACGACUCUGGCGGUGAAAAGAAGGAGGAGGCUGCACCAAAGAAGCCAAAGGUGGAAAUUAAUAUUGGCAGUGAACAUAUUAAGAAACUAGAGGUAUGGUGGUGUGAGCUGUGCCGAGUGUAUCUGCCGCGGGCGGAGGCGGGCGGCGCGGAGGAGGCGGAGGCGCUGCGACGACACUGUCGCCUCCGCAUCCACCUCGGCCGCUACGUGCAGCACCGCGACACCCGCACGCUGCGCAAACACGCCGAGCGCAUACACCGCCAGCUGCAUCAGCAGAGAGAGGAAGAAAAAGAGAAUGCAAAUACAGAAGAAGCUGGAGAUAAAAUUAAAGCUGAAAAACAAGAGUCCACUGAAGAGAAAAAGAAAUUGGAGAAUGGCGGUGGUGAUGCUUCUAACACGUCAGGAAAUGAGGAUAAACUCUGGGCAGACGUUGACAAAGAUAUCGGGGAGCUAUUACGCGAAGUAGAUCCUCAAACCAAUGAGGGAAGUGAUGACGACGACGACUUAGACAGAUAUGAGAAGUUCCGCAAGAGUGACAAGAAAACUAAAGUAGGCGAAGAUGAAUCUGAUGCCUUAAAUGCAGAAAAUUCACAUGAGAAAAAUAAUGUAGAAGUUGAUACAGCGGCUUAAGUAGAUUGUUAUUUUGUCUUACAUGAAGUGUAUUAUAUAAAUAGAUUUAAGUGGUAUUUUAGUAAAUGUUCUUUAUUUUUAAACUAAAUUGUAUAACUGUUUUGCAGGUAAUCUUAGCUUCACGAUGUAUUUGGGUAAUAAUAAAUAGAUAUGAUUUA